UUGAAGUAUUUUUCACCCCUACGCUUCAGACGCCUAAACUAUCUAGUCGGCGUGUCGGAUUAAUAUAUCAGAGAAACUGUUUCGCGCCGCGUUUCGAACGUCGUUAGUAUUUCGUGGAACGAACAACGAGCGCGUCGCAAGAAUCGCAUCGAUAUAUCGAACGUGGCUCGCGUCGCAGUUCAAGCAGCUGUCGUGCGUGUGUGUGGUUGUAGCUUUUGCUGUAACUUUGUUAGCGGUGUUGUGUGUAUCAAGUUGGUGGUGGUGGUGUGAUGAGUUUAGCCUGUGACGAAACAUUGAGCCGUGAUAAAUAUACGGCCAUGUCGAGAUCAGUGCCGGAAGGGUGGCUGGAGUACAAGGCACUGGGUGAUGUUAUCAAGGGAACGAAAAUAGUCGCAUUCAAAGUACCUCUGAAGGAGACGGUGACGAACAACCUAGAGCCAGAUCAGCGAUUCACGCCAAAAAUGUUGCUGGAAGCGAUACCGAGGAUGAAGUACGUGAUAGACCUCACCAACACUCACCGUUACUACGAUCAAAGGGAGCUCACCGAUGCUGGUCUAAAGUAUUUAAAAAUCAUGGUUCCUGGAAGACUCAUUCCACCUAUCGAGCUUGUCAAGAGAUUCUUCAAGGCGGUGGAGGACUUCACGGCCAACAGUGAGGCGGACGAACUUAUAGGCGUCCACUGCACUCACGGGGUCAACCGCACCGGAUACUUCAUAUGCAGGUACCUCAUACAGCAGCUAGGAUGGGAGAAUCAGGCAGCUAUGACGGCCUUUCAGGAAGCUAGAGGACAUCCCGUUGAACGCGAUAUCUACAUUAAUGACCUGAAGACUAUACCGAAGGGUAAAAAGUUGGACACCAAAGAAAUCAAUUUGGAGAGUUCGAGCAUGCCGGUCAGGGGGCACAAGCGGAUUCCAAAGAGGGUAAAUCCAAUGGGCCCGAUGGGCCCGCCGGGACCGCCGGGCUUCCACCCGCCUCGAAGAGGAUUUCCAAACGGACGACCGUUUCCACCACCGCACCUGGACCACUUUGGCUACGGACCUCCGGCCUUCAACCCUCCCAUGCCACUGAGGCCACCGAGGCCACCAAGGCCCCUGAGGCCCCCGAUGUCGCCGGUCCCGCCGAGACCUCCGAUGCCCCCGCCCCUUGGGGUCUCCUACGGCCCUCGACCCCUGAGGUACGGUCCACCACCAGGCCGCGGAUUUCCCAGCCUCGGAUUCCCACCUCGAAUGCCGCACGGUCCUCCGAGGAUGCCGAUGCCCCCUUGUCCCCCGCGGUUACCAGGCCCUCCUGGCCCCCUCGGGCCCCCAGGACCGAUGGGUCCGCUGCCAGGUCCCAUGGGUCCCCCGGGUCCGGGGCCAAGGCUGUCGCAGCGUGGCCCACCCCAGGAAAUGCCGCCGAUGAUGAAGGGGCUGUACCAGUACCAGCAGCAGCAUAAGAAGAAGCAGCUGAUGCGGAAUGGAAACGGAGUGCGGAACGGGCAGACAGUGAAGAGGAAGAAACCGGCCGAGAUGGCCAUUCACGUCCCGAGACUUCACGGGGAGCAGGACUUCACUGUUGAUACUUUCGAGGAGAACUUGACGACCGCCGUCGUGUCCCUAGUUCCAACGGUCCCCGCCACCCUGGCGACGGGGGGACCCAAACGGCGGAACAAAGGGAGGUUCAACAACCGCGCCAAUCGCGGCAAGUGACGACGACGACGUGCCGAUUAGCAGAAAAACCGGACAAUUUUUAAGAACUUCUCAUUGUCACAUAGUCGUUUGUGGAUAAUGGAUACGACAGGAAUCAGAUUGGAUAUACAUAAUGACGUUGUUGUGUAAUUUUGUGUUUUGUAUGUAUGUGGAUGAUGAUAAAAUGGAAAAAGGAAAUGGAACUAUUUCUCAAGCACCGAAAGAGACGACGCACGGCUGAUUAUGAGGCUUCUGAUGUUUGACAGCUGUAACAACGAGAUGAAAAAUGAAUAUUAUCAAGAUGGGGAACAACGAGAAGGAGAAUAACAUCAAUAAUGACUUAAGAAACCAGAUAUUCAAUCUACCACCCAUCCUCGUUAGUAAUAUUUGUUUACAUUUAUUAUACAUAUUUGAUAACGUGCCCGCGAUGCACACGCCACGCCGCGUUACAGGUUUGCGCCUCUGUCUGGUUGAAAAAAAAAAAAAAACCAACCGUGGAUGCAACUAUUGCGUCUUUGCCAGUGAUAUGUGUUUCUCGGUAUACGCCAGUGUAACAAUCGUCGUCAAGUGAUUUAAUAAAUGAAUAAACAGAUGCGUCAAACUGACAAAAUAGUAAGUUCAUUAAAAAAAAAAAACAAAAAAAAAAAAAACUGACAAACGUAUCUACAGUUAAAUUUAAGCGCACGAGUUUCUUCGAUGCGAACUUUUGAUCUUUCUGCUUAACUACACCUGUUUUCUCGUGCCCGCGAUUAACGCGUCUCGAAUUUGCGUAACAAUCUACGUAUAUUUAAGAUUCCGUUUCGACCAUUUUCGUGAUGUGUCGAUAGGAAAGGUUUAGGGCCAAGAGUAAUCGAGAUAAGAGAUUUAUUAGGCGCAAGGCUCUCAAGGAUAUUGUCGUUUCUCUCUGUAUUUCUCUCUUCUGGAAUCUGUCCUUUAGAUUACUCUCUCUAUCUUCGCCUAUCUAUCUAUCCGUCUAUCUUUAUUCCAUCUAUCUUCCUAUUUCUCACAGUUGAUAUAAAUCAGCCGGAAUAAUUGACUGCAACAUGAUACUCGUUGUUCCAUUCUCGUACUGACUGCGUACGGAUCAUUGGAUUCGGUCUACGUGCGAUCAAUUAUUUAUUUAGCCAGACCACCGUCAAAAUGCAAGUUGCAAAGACUCGGUUAUGACACUUAUACUGAACAUGAAAAUUAUCGCAGUGAAUUAUGUACAAACUACGAUCGACCGUACAAUGGUACAAAUUUAAAUAUUUUAUAAAGAAGAAUAUACAAAAUUAAAAGAAAAAAAGAAUUAGAUAAUAGUGAUAAUAAAAAUUUAUAUUACCGUUUGAAGGUAGGAGAAAAAAAAUAAGUAUACAUAAAAAUCAUCAUUGUCAUUGUAGCGAUAAUAGAAUUGUUCGAGACGCAUUUAUUCGCGAUUAAAGUGAAAAAAAAAUAAAUAUGAUUGUUAGUAUAAUUGAAGUCGUAACUUUUAUUUCAUCGUUUUUUGAUUCUAUAUUAGAUAAAUUCAUUCUAUUUUUUAUUUUUAUUUUUUUUUUUUCAUUUUAUUUUCAAUUUUACUUCUACAGUCUAGUCUUUAUUACUUUAAUUUUACCUUUAUUACCGUAGCGUGUCUGCAAUACUGUUGUAAAAACCUACUGCUGCGUCACCAACGGAAUAUUUCCCAACUAUAUUACACCUAUUAUACUUAUAUUACAAUAAUAAUUAUUCUAUAAUAAACGUUUAAAACCUAA